AUGCCUGCGAUGACAACGGAAGCUAUGUCCAUGAGCAUGCGGAAAAGGUCAGAUAACACUGCAAGCCCGUCAACGGGCACUGCCAUGUCUGAUAUGAGUGCCAUUUCUUCGACAAUGACUUCUAUGGCGAUAAUGGGAUCAUCUACGGCGUCGGUGGGCACAGAGGACCGAACCAUGAGUACCAUGGCAGACAUGCCGCAAAUGGCUUUGGGCCCACGCGGUUGCAGCCCACCCAUGAUGUUUAGGCCAGGCUUCAAUGCGAGUUCACUUCCACUCGAAACUUGCACGAAUACUACAUCGGAUUUCUUCACCUUCACCGCGGACGCAUCUCGUGGCUGGACCGCUCUACAUCUCGUCAAUGCUGGAGCUGUCAGCAGACUCAGCGUCUCGUUGGACGGUCAUUCCAUGUUCGUGUAUGAAGCGGAUGGACUCUAUGUGACUCCUCAAGAAGUUCAGGUUCUGCACAUCUCUAUUGGCCAGCGGUAUUCCGUCAUGAUACGGCUUGAUCAAAAUCCCGGAGACUAUUCUUUUAGAUUUGCAGCUUAUCCCUAUGGUGACAUGCAGCAAGUCAUCGAAGGGCAAGCGAUACUUGACCUGGUCUCGCCGUGGAUGCUCGUCAACGGAUCCGCCACAUCAGGGACUGUCGAGCUUGACGACCAGACACUUGCUCCAUUCACGGGCAACACCGCGCCAUCAGGGGCGGCCACCGUUACUCGACAUUUCGCAAUCAACCAAACAGGCAUCGUGACUUGGGUGGCUAACAGGGAACCAUUCGCAGAGCCUGCUCGGCCUAUUAUCUAUGGGAGCGUCUCUGACGGCUGGAAUGCAGCCACUACACUUUUUACCCCUGCCAACGCUACCGUUGAUAUUAUUAUGAAGGUCGCGAAUGAUUCGAUGGACACGAUGGGCCAUCCGAUGCACCUACACGGCCACAAAUUCUGGUUCCUCGGGGCCGGCGAAGGCGACUUUCCGUUCGAAUCUGUUACUGAUGCACCCUCGUCGAUGAUCAAUCUCCAGAAUCCGCCAUAUCGCGAUACCAUCGAUUUGCCGCCUUCGGGCUGGGCAGUUAUCAGGUACAUCACCGACAAUCCGGGGGCAUGGUUGUUUCAUUGCCAUGUGCAAUGGCAUCUUGUGAGCGGCAUGGCUGUGGUGCUUGUUGAGAACGAGGAACGAAUGAUGGAUAUGGUAGGAUCUAUCCAGAAUGCGUUCAACAAUCCAGCAACGAAGAAUUCGCAGGCGGAAGGGACUUCUGCAGCCAGCACCCUAUCUGGUAAUUGUCCUCGCCAAUAUCUUAGCUUUCUAUUCUCGCUGCUGUUGCUCUUCGUUCUAUUACAAAUCGCUAGAGUGUUUUGGAUCUUCUACAUCUCCAACCUCCUCUUCCUGUAUCCGCCCUCCUUGACCGAAAACUUUCCUCCUCAAGCAGGACCUGAUCAUCCAAAGAGACCUGUCUCAAUGUCAUUGCCUGAUCCUACCAAACCACGCCACCACUAUCGAGAACUGAGCAGUUCUUCACUGAGGACGCCAUCGCAGCUUGAUGAUCCUAAAGACGAUCAUAUCACUUACGAGGACCUGGGUAAUUGUGAUGGAACCCAUCCAUUCAAGCCAACGCUCGUAGCGAUUAAAGGGAUCGUGUUCGAUGUUUCUCGAAACCCAGCCUACGGACCCAAUGGACCUUACCACGGUAUGCAACUGACUUCCUCUACAGUCCUGGCGAGAGAAAAGGCCACCUUCUAGACAAUAUCUCUCAUGGCGGCCUCCCAAGCGUCCCUUCCAACAUUGCGCUGCGCAGUGGUGGAGAACACAUCCAGCGUCUUUCUGUCAGAGAAUUGAUGUAGUUUGCUUUCUAGUCUACGCGGGCAAGGAUCCUUCCCGUGCCCUGGCAACAUCCAGCCUCAGCCCUGAAGACUGUGUUCCCGAAUGGCAUGACCUCGAAGACCAAUACAAGACUGUCCUUAACGAGUGGUAUACUUUCUUCACCAACCGAUACAAGGUUGUGGGCAAGGUACGUCAUUUUGGUGUUGACGGGAGAGAAUCGCAAGGCAAUCUUCUGCUCUUUUGAAUUCUACAGAGCGAUCCCGUCUUAUGUGGUGGAAUAAUGAUCAGUGGUAAUGGUGCACGUGAGGAGGGAUACCAAAGUGCCCAAGCACUUUGCGUUUGCUUGUCUUUGAGUUGAGGUGGAAAAGAUGGAUUGAGGAAACCCCCCUUCGAAUCACGAGCUUUGACUAACAACCCAUGCCUUUCCAGGUUGUUGGCGCCCACAAUUCGUGAUUCGGUGUAUUGGCCCAAUUUGUCGCACCAGAGCUUGAUCAUAACUGGCUUUCAGGAAGCUUUCGUUGACUUGCAAGGUCGAACGAUAAGGGGACAAUUUCGGGAAAUGAGAGAAGUUCUAGGAUAGAGUUCAGCGGUACCGACGCAGUCCACUUUGAGGAGCAUGCAGUCUCGAUUCGUAAUCUAGCUGGAGAUCUCUCGGAUAGCUGUAGCAAGGCACCUUAAACAACACUUUGUGGAAUAUCAGACAUGGCGCAUUGCAACCUGGGCUUCAACUUCGAUCGAAGAUUGGGGACGAGGCAUUGCAGACUCAGAG